CUGUGAUGUCUAUUGUAUUCCUUCCGUCAGAGUAUUUUUUUAUAAAACUUCACCAACGCUUUUGUAAGAAUUUUAAAAAUACCUUUUUUCGAUUCACACGUAUAUUGCUAAACUUGUAGAUCUUGAACUAUGGGUUAUUAAGUGCCCAAACAAAAUAGACAAUUAGUAGUGCUCAGUGAACGUACAAGAUACCAUAUAUGCUGCUUUAUUCGAACACCGCGGAAGAGGAUUGCUGAAUUAUCCAUUCGAAGAUAAAAAUAUCAAUUGUCAUGGAAUUAUUGAUCCUAGUAAUACAUCAGUUGCACGGGGUCAACAGCAACAUGAGCCCAAACAUCAGCAUUCAAAAGAGCAGCUGAGCUGUUCAAAAUAAUAAUCAAUUACAGAGUUGGCAGUCUGUGUUGUAGUUUAUUUUUUAAUAAUAAAAUUUUGUGAUUACCGUGUAAGGAAAAUAUUAUAGACGAUCAAGAAAGCCAAGAUGGACGGACUCGUCGAGCUCUUCCUCUUCUGUGGAGUGAUAUAUUAUUUUUUCAGUCAUAGAGCCACUGAUAUGGUGGAUGUGAUACAAAAUCGCAUUCAAGACUUCUGUGCUAAUUGGGAGACCUAUCCAGAUUCAAACCGAAUUUAUGUUGAAGAUGGCACGACACUUUCUGCAAAUGAAUUACGGCGCGCCGGGUUGACGCUACAAAAGAGGGCCAUUAAGAAUAAGGAACAGGCUCGAGCAGUACGCAACAGUGCAUUAUUUCAAAUAAAGGAGACCGAAAUGACCAUAUCAGAUCCGACCAAAAUGAAAUCCGUCUUUUACUACUGUUGUGGGAGUUGUACUCCCGAUUCAAGGGAAACAUUAGUUAAAGUAGCCGCGAAACAGCAUUCAGCGUCUCUGUCGAAUCUCCUCGGUGUACCUCAAAAACCAAGUAUUUUAUCAAAGAUAUUUNUUAAAACCACCGGUCAAUUUUCCCCCCCAAAAAAUCGGUAAACAACCGCAACCGAUUCCAAUAACCGUUUUUCCUCGCAGGUCCUAGAGGACGAGCGAUUACGGGACGCGAUUCGCGAGACAGCCCGGGAAACGAGCCUCAGCGAUGGUAUCCCGGAAAGCGAUGCCCUUGUCAGGGCGGAGGCACGAGCCAAGUCGAUCCUCGAGCGCAUGCACAGCCGCAUCAGCGACACGCUCCUCCGAGUCGUCGCCUGGAUGCUCUACAAGCUCCUGCCCUGCUUCAUCCAAUCCGCGGCCAUUCAUACCCGGCACAUCGGCAUGCUAAAGGAGGCCAACGAGGCCAACGUGCCCCUCAUCUUCAUGCCCCUCCACAGGAGCCACCUCGAUUACGUAAUGAUAAGCUUCCUGACCCUCACCAACAACAUGAGGUGUCCGCUCGUCGCUGCAGGGGAUAAUCUGAAAAUGCCCUUCUUUGGCUGGCUGAUGAGCGGUCUGGGGGCGUUUUUCAUCAAGCGGCGCAUGGACCCGGUCGCCGGUCGUCGGGACCUCCUUUACCGGGCCACCCUGCACACGUACAUCAUGGAGAGCCUGCGGGCGGGCCACAACCUCGAAUUCUUCGUCGAGGGUGGGCGUACGCGCACGGGUAAGGUUUGCCUGCCCAAGGGUGGGAUACUCAGCGUCGUCGUGGAUGCCUUUAUGGACGGGACGAUCGAGGACGCCCUCCUCGUGCCGAUUUCUAUGAACUACGAGAGACUCGUCGAUGGUAACUUUGUCAGGGAGCAGAUGGGCCAGUCCAAGCAGAUGGAGACCUUUGCCGGGACAAUCAGGGCCUUUUGGGACGUGCUCAGAGGUAACUACGGGAUCGUGAAGCUGGGCGUGUGUCAGCCGUUCUCGCUCAAGGAAAUGUUAAAGUACUUCCAAACUCAACAAAACAGGCUAGCUGCGUCUGAAACUCCAGAAAAAUUACUUAGAGUCACCAUGUCAACGUCCUCUCUGUACGGAACGGACGUCGUCGUGGAGGAACACCGUCAACUGGUCGAUAAAAUAGCUCGCCACGUUGUUUAUGAUGCCUCCAAGUCGACACCAAUAAUGUCAACCAACGUCGUGGCCUUCAUACUACUUAACAAAUUCCGAGAGGGGUGCAGUCUAGAUCAGCUCGUGGAGGCAUUCGACGCCUUGAGAAAAGAACUCGAGCACGCAAAUCGCGACAUUGCCUUCAGCGGCGACAACAUCGACAUCAUCAAUCACGCGCUGGAAAUACUUGGACCAGGUCUGGUUAAAGUCCAGCGUCAAGACAUCAGCGACGUAGUGGACGGUCAGCCGACCAGGUAUCAAACAGUCAUGGCUAUCCAGCCGGUCUCGAUGCUGCCCAACGUGAUAGAGCUGUCCUACUACAGUAACACCCUACUGAUGCAUUACGUGAUUGAGAGCGUUGUCGUGACGGCCCUACAUGCCACGAUAAAACCUCAGAUUAAUAAUCCCGUGGUGUCGGAUGACGAGGUCAUAAUAAUCCAGCAUACCGAGCUCGUCGAGCACGCCAUCACCAUUUGCGACAUACUCAAGUACGAGUUCAUAUUCUGCAAGCCCUGUCAGCAGCUCGAGCAAGUUAUCCUUCAUGCGAUCGAUAACAUCAUGAACGCCGGAAUUAUGUGUAGGAAUGAGGAGGGCCUUCUCGAUGACGAGCUCUGGGGCCGAAGGUACGCGAAGAACUUCGAUGACGACUCGGAUGAGGAGGAGAAGGCUAAUUACGCUAUCAAAAAAUUGACUUACAAACUCAUUUUGAAAGAGGAAGCCUCGAAGCGAAUGGAAUUCCUUCACACGAUGCUGCGACCACUCGUUGAUACGUACACUUACAGCGCGUACUGUUUAAGGAAAUUAGUUGGGCGAUCGCUUUCAGAGAGGGAUCUCGUUCAGGAUAUUCUUAACGAAAUUAAAACGAACUUUGAACGAGGAAUCAUCAAUUACGGAGAAAGCUCGUGCGUGGACCCAAUCAAAAAUUCGUUGAAGCUCUUUGAAAAGAAGAACAUCCUGGAGUGUCAUCCCCAAGAGAACAUUAAAAUUUAUUACUUGAAGGAAGAAUACGAUGACGAUGAAGCUGUCUGUUUGAUCUACGAAACAUUUGCAGCUUACAGGUGGACGAGAAAUACUGACUGAAGAAAUUAGCAGCUAGAUUGAUCACUUUCACUGUUUCCUUUUGGUUCCUAGAUUCUUUAUAAAAACAAAAAAAAAAAGAAAAAUAAAUGAGCAAAUGUGGGA